CUCAAUCAAUCCCAAUGAUUCAUGGCAAGCAAACCACUGCAGUAAAAAGGCACUCAAAUGGGACUUAGAAUAUACCCCAUUUCCACACUACACUCACUGCCAUCUGCAGCUCAACCAACGCUGCCAUUCUUGCUUCACUCUUCCCGGCCCUCUCCUCCAUUUCAAUGAAACUCAGUAAAUCAAUUCUUGGCCCUGUACGCGCCACCAGGAACGGUGGCGCUGUCUCUCUGUCCUUCUUCAGCCGCCGCCUCCGCCUGCGCUCCAAUGGCAGCCAAAGGUCGCCCUUUUUCAGGAAAAAGAGAGGCGGCGCUUUCGAGAACCACGAGCCCUCUUCGCCUAAAGUCACCUGCAUUGGGCAGGUGAGGGUGAAGUCCAAGAAAAAGGCGAGCCUUUCCGCAAGGCGGAUUGGAGAAGUUAGUUUCAGAAAGAUGGAGCAAUCGCAUCAGCCGCCGCAGCAAGAAUGCUUGCGCCAUAGAAAUCAGAGGUGGGUUCACCUGCCGAUCUCGUUUUGUGAGGCUUUGCGUGCGUUUGGGGCUGAAUUCAGCUGCCUGUUCGGCCCUUGCAAGAGUUCUUGUUUUUCGAACAAGGCUGAGAAGAAAAGACGGUAUGCGGAUGAGAAUGGGUGUGGAGCUGUGUUUGCGAGGUGGCUGGUGUCGGUGAACGACGCCGAGGGAGGGCAGAGGAGGGAGAUUGAGCUGGUGGUUGGCGGCGGAGGAGAUGAGGCGGAGACGGCGCAGAGAAUGACUAUGAGGAGUUCAAGGAGGCAUGUGUUUGAGGAUAUUGAAGUUAAGGAUGACAGGAUUGAAGUGAAGGGGCAAAGUCUGGAGGGCGAAGAAGAGGAAGAAGAAGCAGGCAGGGUGAGCAUUUGCAUACCCCCUAAGAACGCGCUUCUGCUGAUGAGGUGCAGAUCUGAUCCAAUGAAAAUGGCUGAUCUUGCUCAUCGAUUUAGCUGGGAUGCAAACGCUGCUCCGAGACAUGAGGAUGAGGAUUUUGAUGAGGAAAUCAGUCAUGUUGUGGGUUUAGAAGAACAAGAAGAGGAGGUACGAGGACUAUGUCAAGGUGAAGACAAGACUUUAUCUGCAGUAAAAGAAGGUAAAGAUGUUGGUGUUUCAGAGCAAGAGAUCCAAAAUGAAGCAGAACCCAACAUGGAAAUGGAAGAAAAAGAGCAAGAAUCAUUGGUAGAAGAAGAAAAAGAAGAGGUUGAGUCUAAUAUGUCUUCAUUUGAAGCACUUUUAGACCAAGAAAACGCAGAGCAGUAUGAAGAUUGCCCGAUUCAAGUAGAAGAGAGCCCAGUUCUCCGCCUGCAGUUAUCUUCACCGCAAGAAUCGGGCAAAGAAACCAUUGAAGUUGUGGCAGUACUCCCUGAAGAUGAAGCUGCAAUGCAGAAAGAAAAACAACAAGAAACAGAGGAAUCAAUCGCCACAGAAAGAGAGACGCCCUUUCUCAACAACAUUGAGCAAAAACCAGAGCCUGCAAAAACCCACCAAGAAGAUGCAAAACAAGAACAAAAAGCAAUAGAAGCGAUCAAAACCCCGGAAAAUCAAGAACUCGCCAUCAGCAAUCAAGAAACCAAGAAAGAAGAAAAGGAAAGCCCAGCAUUGCCCGAAUGCUUGCUGUUAAUGAUGCGGGAGCCUAAGCUAUCAAUGGAGGUUUCAAAGGAAACAUGGGUCUGCGGCACAGACUUCAUCAGGUGGCUGCCGGAACGGCCGCGCAAGGCGGCCAAAUCCACCAAAACCAGCGGCUGCCAUCACGAUCAGGUCAAGAAGAGGCCCACCACCAUUGAUCCCAAGCCUAAUAAGCCCAGCCUCCCACCGCCGCCAACAAAGAAGAAUGAUCUUCAGCCACCGCGGUCUUCCUGCUCUCUCCCGGCCGCGUCCAUGGCCAACAUGAUCGAGCAGAAGCUGGUGAAUGGGGGCGGCGCCCACGAACCCUCUGCGCUGACAAGAUGCAAGUCGGAGCCCAUGAGGACGGCGGCGGCGAAACUAAUGCCGGAGUCGUGUAAUGCAAGCACGAAGAUGGAGGCCCACAGGCGGGCCAGUCUCGGGGUCGGCGUCGGCGCGGCUGGAGUCGGGUUCUGAGCUGAGCUGAGCUGG